CCACCACCACCAAUCGGCCAGCGCCAUCUCCCCACGUCAAGAUCGGUCGAGAAACGAGGACCCGUUCCCGUCGAGCCUCCGGACCUGUUCUGUCACUAACCGCAUCGCGACGAAAUUGGGUCGCUGUUCUUUUUCUUCUUUCUUGGCUCAAGAAGACAGAAAAGCAAAAGUGAAAGAGAGAGAAGUGUGUUCACCGAGCUGCAAGGGGGAAACUUCACUCGGUUUCACCUGUUUUAGAUUGCUACCGUGUAAAAGAAGGCAUAUGUAUAGCUCUAUCCGACUAACUACUCUUCUCGUUACAUCAGAUUCUGGGUCAUUUUGUCCGGUCGCUUUGAUCUGGGCUACCAAUUAUUAAUAAGCAGGUGCCACUUCAAUCUCUAGCUACCUUAACUGGUGCUAGCAGCAGAUCCUACGCGGUCCCCAUAUACCCAUUUCUCGUUUUAGCUUCUCGUUGGAAGGAGGCACCAGGAAUUAGCAGUUUAUCCCUUCUUUCUUUGAAGUAGUUGGGAUAAUAAGAAAGAAAUGCUUGUAUCUGCUCUUUUGACCUCCGUUGGAAUAAAUACGGGCCUUUGCUUUUUAUUCUUCAUACUAUACUCAGUCCUGAGAAAGCAACCAAGUAACUAUGAAGUUUAUAUACCGCGAUUGGUAGCUGAGGGGAAAUCUAAAAGGAGAAGCCAUUUCAACCUAGAGAGAUUACUUCCUUCUCCGGGGUGGGUGAAGAAGGCAUGGAAGCUUUCUGAAGAGGAACUAUUAUCUAGAUCAGGCUUGGAUGCUGUCGUAUUUAUGCGGAUUAUUAUUUUCAGCUUGAGAGUAUUUGCAUUUGCGGGGGUUAUUGGAGUCUUCAUCCUUCUUCCAAUAAACUGCACGGGCGAUCAGCUUGAGGAUAUUGACUUUGUCAAUUUUUCGAACAACUCACUAGAUGUAUUUACAAUAUCAAAUGUAAACAAUGGAUCAAACAGGUUAUGGGUUCACUUCUGUGCAGUUUACGUUGUCACGAUAUUUGUCUGCUUUCUACUGUACUAUGAAUACAACUAUGUUUCAUCAAAAAGGAUAGCUUACUUUUAUGCCUCUAAGCCCCAACCACAUCAGUUCACCAUCCUUGUGCGGAGCAUCCCUGUGUCUGUUGGAAGCAGUGUCAGUGAUAGUGUUGAGAGAUUCUUUAGAGAAUAUCAUCCAUCUACAUAUCUGUGUCACAUGGUCGUUCGACGGACCAACAAGCUGCGAAACCUAAUUAACGAUACUAAGAAAUUGUAUAGAAGGCUUAUACACAUGCAAGCUGAUCCCACGCAGCAGAAGUAUAAGCGUAACAGCUGCUUUGGUCUGUUCGGACGCAAAGUUGACCUUGUGGAUCACUAUGAGAAAAAGCUGGAAGACUUGGAGGAGAAUGUGAGGUUAGAGCAAUCUGAAGUUUCGUUGGCUGGAGAAGAAGCUCGCGCUGCCUUUGUUUCCUUCAACUCGAGGUAUGCUGCUGCAACUGCUUUUCACUUGCAACAAGGGAUUGAUCCCACUCAGUGGCUAGCAGAGGAAGCUCCUGAACCUCAUGAUGUCUACUGGCCUUUCUUUUCUUCAUCCUUUAUGCGGAGGUGGAUAUCUAAGCUGGUUGUCAUAGUUGCCUGUAUACUUCUCACAAUACUAUUUCUCAUCCCUGUUCUAGUGGUGCAAGGUCUGACUAACCUGAGUCAGUUGGAAGUAUUGUUCCCCUUCCUAAAAAGCAUUCUAACCUUAACAUUUGUCAGUCAAGUGGUUACUGGCUAUCUUCCCAGUCUCAUUCUUCAGCUGUUCCUGAAAAUUGUGCCUCCUAUAAUGGAGUUUCUCUCUUCAAUUCAGGGAUAUAUUUCUCAUAGUGCGAUAGAGAGGAGUGCUUGCAACAAGGUGCUUUGGUUCACGAUAUGGAACAUAUUUUUUGCAACGGUUUUUUCAGGGUCAGUUCUAUAUCAGGUCUCCAUAUUCCUUGACCCCACAAAUAUUCCAGCCAAGCUUGGUGUUUCAGUUCCAGCGCAGGCAUCAUUCUUUAUAGCUUAUGUGGUCACAUCUGGAUGGACCAGCACCUCAUCAGAACUCUUUCGCAUAAUCCCUUUCAUUUGGAGUCUAUUAAAAAGACCUUUUGUGAGAGAUACAGAUGAGGAAUUUGAAGUUCCAUCAAUUCCCUAUCAUAGGGACAUCCCACGAAUUCUCUUCUUUGGAUUACUGGGUAUUACAUACUUCUUCCUGGCUCCACUUAUCCUGCCGUUCCUCCUGAUUUACCUGUGUCUUGCAUAUAUUAUUUUUCGGAACCAGUUCUUAAAUGUCUAUGAACCAAAGUAUGAAACUGCUGGAAAGUUUUGGCCGAUAGUUCACAAUUCAAUGAUAUUUUCUCUAGUGCUGAUGCAUUGUAUCGCCGUGGGAAUCUUUACAUUGAAGAAGCUCUCUUUGGCAUCAACCCUUAUAUUCCCUCUUCCAGUCCUCACUCUUCUUUUCAAUGAGUACUGCCGGAAACGCUUCUUGCCCAUCUUUGUUGCUUAUUCUGCAGAGACUUUGGUAAAGAAGGAUAGGGAAGAUCAGAACGAUCCAUCAAUGUUGGAAUUUUUGGAUAAAUUGGUGACUGCCUACCAGGACCCUGCUUUAUUGCCAAUUCAGUUUUCUGUACACUCAGACGGUCUGAACAGUCCCCUUCUCUCUUCCACUGAAGUGUGAGGGUGACGUAUGCCUUGUUCUUCUAGCAGCAUCAUGGUGACUUCUGGGGAGUUUUGUUGAGUUCAUCAUUCAUAUCCUCAAGCCGUCAAGAGACUAAGCAAGCGGUAUGUCUCGCGUGUAUGCCUAGUGGUCUGUGCUAUGCCUGGUAUCUUCUUUUAUACCAAAGUGCUGUGCCUGGUACUUGUUUGCUGUAAAUUAGCGCUUGCCAUCGCAAGAUUUUCCGAAGACAUCUAUUUUGUGUCAGCAUGUCAGUUUUUUGAUAUACUUCAUUUUUUUGGUCAUAAUAGGAACGUUUAUUGCUCAUGAUGGGCUGUUCUUUGUAUUCCCUAUAGGAUAAGUGCCCUGUUGUAAAAGCAUGUUCCUAAACUGAUACUGGUUUUUUCUAGUCCUUAUGCUUUGCUCAAAUUGAUACUUGUUACUACCAAUAACAGUACCAUUUUCUUGGA